AUGCCUCGACGCCCUUGGGCUCCCGAGGGUUACCAGAGCCCCCAGAAAAUAGAAGAAAACGGCCACAGGGGCCACCCGGACUCGGACUACGGUGUACAAUAUAAUAACGGCUAUCGCUGCAUCCAGCGCUUCAGCGGCUUUUGCACCACUGCUGCCGUCGAUCACCACCACCAUUUGCAUGUCACCCAGUCCACGUGCCUUGCUGUGAGUUGUGGGGUGGGCGGAGGUAUCCGAUCGACGAAACGCGUCGGCUUCGCUGUGCCGACAUCUACAUUCAGCAUCCGCGCACAUCUGGUGCAAUUUUAA